CACAGCCCAAAAUUUACAGGGCGCGUCCACCAAAGAUAACACCCGCGUUCCUCUCAACUUCCUCAACGAUAUCGACCUCCAACCAUGGCCACCAUAAUCCCCAGAGCUGUACGCCCUGCCCAAGCUUCAAAAUGUUUGAGGUCAUCAAUCUCUUCUUCCUUUGCUCCCAGACAAUUCUCCUCGACGCCCCGGUUCGCCGCCACCGUAUCACCACCUGCCUAUGUCCGUAAACCUGCCACCGUCAAACCAGCCGUAGCAAAACCCGCCGCCGCCGCCGCUGCUGCUGCUCCUCCUACUCCUCCUCCUGCUAAAGAGCCGGCGACAGUUGAUCAUUCGUCAAUUAGUGACAUGAGCAAUGGCUUAGCGGACGAGCCAUUACUUUUGGAUGAGGGGUCAAGGCAGGUGGAUUGGACUCGAUCAUUCCAUGGUCUAUCGGCACAGCCAUUUUCCAAAGAAGCUGCAGAAGUAUUGCUUGCUCCCAUCACGCUAGACGAUGUGGAGGUGAAACCAGACGGGAUUAUCUACCUACCGGAAAUCAAGUAUAGAAGGAUAUUAAACAGGGCUUUUGGACCGGGAGGUUGGGGUCUAGCACCAAGAGGAGAGACUAUUGUUACACCCAAGAGCAUCACCAGAGAAUAUGCGCUUGUUGCGCAUGGCAGGUGAGCCAUCUCUCUCCAUUUACAAGCCCAAGCAUGGCAGAAAGCUAAUGUGGUCGCUCAAGACUGGUAUCCGUUGCUCGCGGCGAACAAGAUUAUUUCUCCCCGGAAGGAAUCCCCACCGCCACCGAAGGCUGCAAGUCCAAUGCCAUGAUGCGAUGCUGCAAAGAUCUCGGCGUGGCAAGCGAGCUCUGGGAUCCAAGAUACAUCCGGAAAUUCAUGAAGGAGAAGGCGAAGCAGGUCUGGGUCGAGCAUCUCGUCACCAAGAAGAAGAAACAGAUCUGGCUCAGGAAAGACGACGAGGUCAAAUAUCCCUUCAAGGAGUCUAAAUAUGGAUCAUAG